AUGAAGACUUGCAAUAAGAAGGAGGCGGCUGUCAUUGAAAAAGAGCUGCUGAAGGAAUAUCGAUUCGGGCAACAGCAGCUCAUUGAGAUCUGGGGCCACGCCUGCGCGCUCGCCAUCAGCAAGGCGUUUCCUCUGAGUGCCUUCUCUAAGAAGCAGCCCACAGUGCUGGUGAUUUGUGGCCCGGAGCAGAACGGGUCGGUGGGUCUGGUGUGUGCCAGGCACCUGCGGAUCUUUGAGUACGAGCCCACUAUCUUCUACCCCAAGAGGACCCAGAUCACAAUGUACCAGGACUUUACCACCCAAUGUGAAAAGAUGGACAUCCCCUUCCUCUCCUACCUGCCCACCGAGGUGCAGUUGAUAAACGAUGCCUACAACAUUGUCAUUGAUGCCAUCCUGGGCACAGAGUCGGACCACGGAGAGGAGCAGGAGCCCUUCAUCAGCAUCCUCAGCACGCUGAAACAAGUGAAGAUCCCCAUCGCCAGCGUGGAUGUGCCCUCAGGGUGGGAUGUGGACAAGGCGAACGCAGACGGGAUCACCCCUGAGGUCCUCAUCUCCCUGAACGCCCCCAAGAAAUGUGCAAAGGGCUUCUCCGGAAAACACUUCCUCGCGGGACGAUUUCUACCAUACGAUAUCCAGAAGAAAUUCGACCUGAACCUGCCGGAGUUCCCCGGGACCGACAGCCUGGUGGAGCUGUAACCCAGACACACAGACAGACACACAGACAGCCGUGUAUAUAGAUCUAUUUAACUAUGGAUGAAUUGAAAAAACAGUAGCUUUUAAACAGAUAUAUGCAUUUUGUAUUUUACUGUACAGAGGCUGUGCUGUACAGGGUUCUUUUAAAAGACAGGGACACCAUUGCGUUCAAUGUACAUCAAAGUUUAUGCAGUUUUGAUUGGCUAAUCACUUAGACAAUACAGUACAGCAAUAUACAAUGCAAGUGAGGAGACACAGUGGGGUCUAAUGAUCUAAACUGAGGCAGCGAGGGUGACUGUUGAUUUUUAGCUCUAGGUUGGUGAUAGAUAUAUAUAGAUAGAUGUAUACACACUACUGCUGAGGUUAACCUAUCAGAAAAUACAGAAGCAUUUACCAACAGAAAUCUCCAUGUUGACCUAUAGAGGUAACUCAUGCAUUCUCCAAACCUCAGAAUGUUUACAGAAAUGUCAUUUCUAGCUCUGCGCAAAAUGCACAGCUGCAUUAAAACACAACCUUCAUACUGCUUAUUUACUUCAAAAUAGGGAUUCUUCUGUUCCUUUUAUUCAGUCACGCUGGCUAAAUGCAAGCAGCACCACGCAUUAUUAAAUACCCUGCGCUCACGUUACAAAAGACCAGCUCGAUUAACCAGCAGGGGGUGCUGUGGGUCUCAGUGCUAUGAUAAACAGCUUCUCUGUGCAUGAAAACAUGUUAAUACAUUUCUGUAGUCUUAUCGCAUCCUAAUGGCUUCAAAACACACAGUUUAAAAAGCUUUCUGCAGCAGCUGCUUCAUGCAAUGUAACACUCUGUAACCCUAAGCAAAGGGUCAGGCUGUAUUGUGGAGAUUUCUUUUCAAGACUGCAUGGCAAAUGAGUGCAUUGCUCACCACUGGGCAAGGGGCAAAACCAAGCAAGAAGAGAGUCUGUGUAACUAUGACCUGCUUCAUCAAGAAUAAUAUUGCUUUAAUUGUUGUUGUUGUUAGUAUUUAUUUUUAAAAAGCACAGGAUAAUCACACACUACUGAGUAGCAUAUUUCAUGUAUUUGUAUAUGAUUAAAAACAACAAAUAUAUAAUAAGACAUAACUGUUAAUGCUUUCAUUUUAGUGUUGCAAAGUCUGCUUAUGAACAGAAAAGCAAAGGGUCUGCUCAGUGUCUCCCCCUUGUGGACACUGUGUAUAUUACACUGCUUUCCAUUCUGUGCUGAGCAGGGUGUAACAGCUGAAUUCAAAACAUGAGGUUUAAAAGCAGGGAGGGGUGCAUCAGAAAAGCAAUGGCAGCAGUCAUUUCAUAUGCAGGGGCAUUGCACAUGCAGGUGGUAGUUCAGUUACCAGGCGUGUUUCCCUCCGAUGGAAAGCGACAGUUUGGGAUCCUCUUCAAGUCUGUCAAAGCAGUGCUGUGCCUCAGCCAGCAGUAGUGUGCAGCCUGUCCUCCUCUUCCUAUCUGUACUGAAAGUGUUUUGAAAUAGUGAAAGUGAGAUCACGUGUGGAAAUAAAAAGUUAUUCUGUGACCCUG